AUGAGCCACCCUACCGUUGACGAUGGCUCUUUGGCCGAAGUCAUAAACUCCUUGAAAUCCAUCCAGCAGACUCAGUCUGACCUUGUGGCUGCUGUCGACUUGCUGAACCAACGAUACCAACAGCUGCCUGUUGGUUCUGAUGCAGCCACACUCGAUCCGAAUCCAUCCCUCAGCGAGAUCCCUGAAAGAUCUCGAACCCCCGAGCCUUCCGAUGCCGUUGGUGAAUCUGCCAAGAGCUCUUCGUCCGAUUUGACCUUGCAGGCCCCAGCUUUGCCCUCGUCACCCAGCCAGCGAUCCGGCCUCACUUCCCGCAUCAUCCUAACGACUUAUCCAAAGCAGAUCGGCAUCAACCCUCUCCCCAUGAAUUGGGGCGAAUCGGACCCCCAUCGUCGUGGGCCAGUUGUUGUUUCUCGUUCAUCUACCACUAUUGGAAGACGUAACGGUCCCUGUCGGAGGUCACCCAGUGACGGUGGUUCUUACUCCAUCUACUAUGCCCUGGCUGUUGCCAGCAAGCAACUUAAUCUCGAGCAUAGACCCGACUUCACCAACACGGAGCCGGCUGCUAAGAUUGGCCCCUUCCCUCAAUGGGGAGAUCCCAAGAAGAUCGUCGCCAUGGAUCCCUGGGGCCAUCUGUCUCCCUGGCUCUUCAAGGACACUAUCGAGAAGCACAACGUCGACAUUCGCCCAACCAUCGCCAUCACUAAGGCACAUAUGAAGCUUCCCGAGCUGGAGGAGAGUGUCAAGAGUGGAAGACUUGUUCCUGACGGCAAAGUCUGCUUGAACGAGCUUGGAGAGCUGGCCGUAACCAAGUUCGCCGUCGAGCCGGUUUGGUAUCUCCCCGGCGUAGCUGAAAGAUUCGGCAUCGAUGAGGGGGCCUUGCGAAGGUCUCUUUUCGAACACACUGGUGGCAGCUACCCCGAGUUGAUUACCCGCAACGAUAUUAAAGUGUUUCUGCCCCCCAUAGGUGGUCUGACAGUAUACUGUUUCGGCGACCCGGCCAAAAUGUCCGACGAGUCAGUACGACUGGCAUUGCGAAUCCACGAUGAGUGCAAUGGUAGCGACGUUUUUGGAUCCGAUAUCUGCACAUGUCGCCCUUAUCUCAUAUUCGGCAUCGAAGAGGCAGUCAAGGAGGCGCAGAAUGGCGGGAGUGGUGUCGUUAUUUACUUCCGAAAAGAGGGCAGAGCCCUCGGUGAAGUGACCAAGGUGAGCAAUGCCGAACUACACGCGGGCGACCGAGGCUGCACGUUUCAUGAUAGGCUGCUAACUGACCACGAAGUCGUGUACAACGCUCGUAAGCGCGGAGAAGACCGAGCAUCGGACUACUUUAAGAGGACAGAGAACAUUGCUGGAGUGAAGGAUAUGCGAUUCCAGGCUCUCAUGCCCGAUAUCCUGCACUGGCUCGGAAUCCGCAAGAUCGACAGAAUGCUGAGCAUGAGCAAGUCAGUAGCUCCUCCCCAUCCGAGAUACCAUGACGCUAACGUGAACCACAACAGCAUGAAACAUGAUGCCAUUGUAGGACAAGGAAUUCCCAUUCACGAGCGUGUCGAGCUCCCCGAGGAGUGGAUUCCCGCAGAUUCUCGCGUCGAGAUUGAUGCAAAGAUUACUGCAGGAUACUUCACCGCCGGAAAGCGCAUGACCGAAGAAGAGUUAAGAGCUCUCCUGCAGAGAUGGCAUUCGCUAGUAGGAGGGGCAAGUAAAGGCAGCAUCGCCAACUUCAGCUCCUAUACAAGUCGGUGCAGUGUUGGCCUCUGCAUGGAACACCUGCACCAUUGCCGACAGCAUCUUGGACCGGUAGAUGGGAGCCAGACAGAUGCGACGCUUGUGGUCAGAAACCAACCCCGCGCCCAAGCCGCGAGAGUCUACCAGUGUCCAGAGGCGACGAUCGGCCGUGAUGGUCGCACCACUCGGCUGCGAAGAAACCAGGCUGGGGUAUGGAUAGGACCGACCUUGUCUCAUGUCCUUGACCGGUCUGGAAAUGUCAUAGCCAUGGGCGGUCUUGAUUGGGUUCGACUGAGCGGGACCUCAUGGGAAAUGGUCAACGAAGCGGUUGGCAACCCCACAAUGGCUGCAGGCACACAUAGUUGGGAGCCGGUUCCCCAUCAGGCACCGGCCAUGUGGUCCAAUGAUGGGACGCUGGUACUGUCAGCGGAAAACCGUCGACCGGGCUCGCCCGUCCCCAAGGAACCGACAUUCCCGCCGAGUAGCCGGAGCAAUCAUGGUUCCUUACCAUCCCAGAGCUGUUGCAUUCUUGCAAAUUCGAUCGCCGCCGUGCCAUUAUCGGUCUCACCCAGACUUGUGCCAGGAUAUUUGUUCAACGCGAUGGCGACCGUUUCCCGGGACCUUCGGGACACGGACGGUGUGCGGAGGAGAGAGGCAUCACCUCGGCCGGACCGUCGACGUCGACCAAGGCUCCUACGAGCCAGCGCGACGGAACCUACCAUCACAACGACAUCCAAUGCCAGCCGUGGCGCCAUUUCGAGCCCGCAAUCGUCUCAAAGGGCCACCGAACUCCUCAGCCGCGUUGCCGUAUGUUCGGGUCAUGCUCCCGAAUACUCACCGACGUCGGUGGCCGCUCCCCAUAUGGCGUCGCUCAGCGCCGAAGACAUGACCAUUCCAACUACAAAUCGAGUCCAGGGCCAUCGAGAACACCUAUCUUACUCGAACGGCUAUUUCAGCUUUCCAAACUUUGAUGCGUGGGAUGGAGAACGGCGCAGUGAUGACAAGGAAGAGGACCGCCAGGGCGUUGAUUUUGGGUCGGAAUCGUUUGAGGAGUUACGCAUCUUUACUCUGAGAGACGCGAAAGCCGCGUUUGUAAAUCUCGGUAAGGCGGGAGACCCGUUCACCGAUCACCACAAUGUGGAGGCACAGGGCAUCACACCCACCUCACCUUGCCCCAAAGGCGGGGCAAAGUUCCAACAGUUUGUACCUGUAAGGCCUUCCAUCUUGACUAGGGGGCCGGAGUAUUGUGAUGACAUGUCACUGGCCAAGAAGUGGAACUCUUGGGGCUGGCUUCAGCGCCAAAGAAUUCUGAUUACUGUGCUUCUCGCUGACGAGGUCCACGAGGUGCUUGCCCUGGCGUGGUCGGGGCAGGGGCAUGCACACCACACAUUCUCGCAUCUUGAAUUUUAUCACCAGCGAAACCACCACCCCUCCAAACCUUUCAACUACUCAACGUUCAUCCGCCAGACAAUUAACAGCCGCCCAAAAUGGCUGUGGGAAACAGCUAACCAGUUUUUCCCUCGCAGGAACAAGAGAUUGUCCAAGGGCAAGAAGGGUCUCAAGAAGAAGACCGUGGACCCCUUCUCCCGCAAGGACUGGUACCAGAUCAAGGCCCCCGCGCCUUUCAACGUUCGCGAUGUCGGCAAGACCCUGGUCAACAGAACCACCGGUCUCAAGAACGCCAACGACGCCUUGAAGGGCCGCAUUCUGGAGGUCUCUCUGGCCGAUCUCCAGAAGGAUGAGGAUCACGCUUUCCGCAAGGUUAAGCUCCGUGUCGACGAGGUCCAGGGCAAGAACUGCCUGACCAACUUCCACGGCCUCGACUUCACCUCCGACAAGCUCCGUUCCCUCGUCCGCAAGUGGCAGACUCUCAUUGAGGCCAACGUCACCGUCAAGACCACCGACGACUACCUCCUCCGCCUCUUCGCCAUUGCUUUCACCAAGCGCCGCCCCAACCAGAUCAAGAAGACCACAUAUGCUGCCUCUUCGCAAAUCCGUGCCAUCCGUCGCAAGAUGACUGAGAUCAUCCAGCGCGAGGCCUCUACCUGCACUCUCACCCAGCUGACCUCCAAGCUCAUCCCCGAGGUCAUCGGCCGUGAGAUCGAGAAGUCUACCCAGGGCAUCUACCCCCUGCAGAACGUCCACAUCCGUAAGGUCAAGCUUCUCAAGCAGCCCAAGUUCGAUCUCGGUGCCCUCAUGGGUCUCCACGGCGAGUCUGGCACCGACGACCAGGGACAGAAGGUUGAGCGGGAGUUCAAGGAGCGCGUUCUUGAGGAGGUUUAA